AUGGAUGGCGGCAAGACAAAAAGGGCCGCCGCGCUGAUGCUGUCGGCGCGCGACCGCCGUCUGCGCCAAUCAGUCUGCUUCUGGUCCGAGUUCAUAGAGCGCUGCAUUAACAGGCGUCUAGAUCCCGACAGCUUCCAGUCUCUUGUGCGCGUCGUCCACGAUGAGCACCCGCUCCCUGCCCCCGCCAUCGCCGACCUCUUCCUCCGUCCCCAGCCAAACUGCUGCUACAGCCUCGACCCGCGCGUGCCGCCCUACCUACAGGUCCUGAGUGACCUGAAGUACAUUGAUGCCUCGGCCACGCUCAGGGCACUGUACCGAUACUCGUCUUCCCACACGCUCGUCGAGGCGCAGCGACGUCGAAGCCAGCAGUCUGACGGCCAUCACAAGGAUCCCGCUGGUGUUGCUGCUGCUUCUGCUGCCGACCAGACGACGACUCCGGUAAUAAGAUGGAGGAACUCGUACUGGGUGGAGGAAGUCAUCUUCUUCCGACUGUGCAAGUCUGUCCACGAGGGUCGCGCCGUCCAGACCACCAGGACCGCCUUCGACGUCCUCAAGAUUGUGGCCAAGUGGCUGGCCCUCUUCACCGAGGCGUCGUCCGCCUUUGCCCAUGACCUGCUCAACAGCGAAGCCACAGGGUCCUCCCAAACGUUGCAGAUGGAGAUGGAAACGGCCAGAGCCGCCUUUGUGCCCCUACUGCUGCGCCUGACCGACAACCCAGUCCUGCUCAGGGUCCUGGCCAAACCCGCGGCCAAGCACGCCCGCAGGGAACUGUCCCAGAACCUCGCCGCCUUUGUGCCCACGCUGCAGCUCGUCAAUACCGGCACUGAAAAGUCGAUAACGGAGAAGCUAGAAUUUUUUCGCACACGUGUGCUCGCCAGCCUGGACCCCGUCGAUAAGAAGAAGAAGCAGGCUGCUGACGCUGCUAUGAAUGAGAUGCUCGACUCGGCUGUUGGCCCUGACGCCUUUGAGGUUGCACAUGUGCCCAUAGUGACGACACGUGUCGGCAUGUAUAUCCAUCUCAACGCCGUGGGCGACAACCAGACGGCUGCCAUCGACCUCGUGCUGGCAUCCUUUGACGUCCUCGCCAACGCAAUAUUUAGAGACGGCGGCAAACAAGACGCGUCCUUGCUCCGCUCCUUUCUCAUCAACAAAGUCCCGCUGCUCCUUUGUCAGCUCCUCCCGCCGGGAUUCUCGACACCAUCGGCUGAGAUGUGCAUUACUAGUGCCCUCAACCAAGUGGACAGGAGUCUUUUCCCGACGGCGUCUCUUAUGUUUGACGAGUCGCGCAACAACAACCCUUAUACUGAGAGUGUGCGCGAGGAUUUUUGUGCCGCAUGCGUCCUCCACGGUCUCAUCAAUCAGGAGCACGUCGAGGCCAUUCUCGGCGAAAUGUCCAUGUCGUAUGAGCCCGAGAAGAAGUCGACUGAGAAGCUCGUCAACGACUACCAGGCCGGGAAUAUCAGGAUUGUCGAUCUCCUUGGGGACCUAGACAAGAUGGACGGAAACGUUGCGGCUGUAGCCCAUGCCGUUGCCGAAAUCAUCCGGAGACUCUGCAAUGAAAAGGACACGGCCUCCUUGAAAACUCUCUGCACGGACAUGGUGCAGAAGCUACAGUGCCUAGACAUUCUACUACUAUUCGAGACGCUCCCCUCAAUUCUGGGGCCGCUAUGCCAGCUCUUGGAGGGAUGGCACUACGAGGACGACCAGGCCGAGUACCAGCCUGUGUACGAGGAGUUUGGUGCUAUCCUGCUGCUUGUCCUAGCCUUUACCAACCGCUACACGCUCAAGCCAUCGGAUCUGGGGCUGUACUCGCCCGACUCCAAGCUGCGCAAGAUCAUAACCCACUCGCACACGUACCGCGGCAAGGAGCAGCUGUCGGAAGCGGAGGACAAGUGCCUCAACGGCUGGAUACUUGGCCUGUUUGACACGGAGGCCGGCGGCCUGGGCGACGAGCUCAUGUCGUCAUGUCCGCCACAGGAGUUUUACCUGCUCAUCGCGCCGCUGUUUUACAACAUUGUCGUUGGGUAUUCGCACGGAUAUAUCAAUGAUGAGAGCCUCAAGAGUGGGGUCGAGUACCUGGUUGAUACAUUUCUGUACCCGUCCCUGGUGCCGGCUCUCCUCUUCCUAGCCGACUACCUCAAGAUAGACCAGAAGGAGCAAAAGGCUGUCAUCAAGGUGCUCCAGCUGAUCCUACUGCCAGCGACGAUAUCGAGCGAGGCGACAGCCAUGCUCUCGUCUGUGAAGCGCAUCGUGGCCAAGCCGCUGGCCAACUCGCUGCAGAUGUACCUGCACAAGCGAGACCCGAAAAACGUGGACGUGACGCCGCUCUUAGACUCUCUCAAGGAUAGUAUCCCGCUGUCGCGACGGUCAGGGUGGGCCGACGCUAGCGAGAUAGCGGAGUGGGCGCGCGCCGAGCCGCAUGGACUAUGGACAAGUCUGCGCACCACCACUCAGGGCCUCAUGCAGUGGUCCAUGCAGCCGCAGAUGACGAUCACGCCCAUGACGUACACGCACCGGCAGUUCAUCCUAGGCGUCAAGAUGAUGGGCCCCCGACGUGUUCUCCGCCUGAUCCUUGAGGAAGUCCGACGGCGACACCAGGACCACAGCGCCAAACCCAACAACGUCCCUGCACCCAGCAAUGUCGCUGGCGUUGUGAACGAUGUGGCCACAGCGCUCAUCUGCUCCCCCGACGUGACCAACGAGCCACCGGCGCCCAGCAUCGACAACGCACAAUCCCAGGCGCAACAGCCGCAGAGACUCCUCACGCUCCGCGACAUGCUCAAGAUGGAGGCCGACAAGACCCCAUCCUAG